CCACUCGCCACCGCGUACGGCGUAGUCAGAGCCGCCCAUAUUCAUAUCUGCUCCAACCUCGUUAAUCCAAUACGCCGGAAAUAGCAGGAAUGUGGACACCGUGGCAAUACUUAAGAGUGGAACUGCUGUUGAACCGUGCAAUAUGUGCAAGGCAUGGAAACAAGAGGAAUUCGUAUGAACGAAGCUAGGGACGACAAAAAUGGCUCAGAUAAAACGGAAGAGUACUCGAAAAUCAAGAGCAAGAUAAAUGGAUUUUCAGAGUCAAGUCAAGUGCUUCUCAAGGUGUUGGAAGAAGUUAAGGAUAUCCAUCCUUUCAUUGGGGUUGCUGUGAUAGCUUUUAAGGCAGUGGUCACUUUAGAGCUGAAGCGACGCGAGAACGACGACAAAGUCGUAUUUUUGUUGGUGAAGAUGCAAGAUUUGAUGGAGACUCUGGUGCAACUUCGAGCCAUACCUUCUGAUCAAAAAACAUCAGAUCAGCUUUAUACGGUGGAGGAGAAACUCGCCUCGUUAUGUGCGAAGAUUGAGAAGGACAUCCAAGGGUGCGGAAAUCUCUGCGACACCUUCUCAAAGAAACGGUUCUUAGUCAAGUUACUCAAGGGGUCCAUCUACGAGAUACGGCUAGAAGAAAUGGCACAGACACUUGACGAGCGGCAGAGAGAAUUACAGUUUGCGCUUGGUCUCUUCACGGCGCGUGGCAUCCAAUCUAUAAAUGAUACUCUACGUUCAGCCCACGAUGACAUCAACAUGCUACUUUUGCUACAAAUGCUACAAUCUUCUGCAGAAAAAGAGUUCUUGGACAUCGUCAACGCAAAGGGCGGGCCUUCCAAAUGCAUGCAAGAUGAGGAGAUACUGUCGGAAUUGAUCCAAAUUCGACGCGGCGCUAGCCGAGAGCUACCUACAAAUCCUGACCCAGAUGCAGAUGAUGCUUCAAUCACUCCCCAACGAGUAUCUACACACGCACACCAUAUUUCUCCCACUUACCCUCCGCAGCCCACCUCACGUUACAAUCAUGAGAUGUACGGCUCGAGACACAGAUCGAGACGUACCCAUUAUGGUCACGACGAAUAUGGUGAGGGAUAUGCCCCCGAGCCUCCGCGGACUUCCCACCAACGGUCGCACGCUACUCCUACCCGUUCUGCUGCUCCCGGGUAUCGCUCCCACUAUCACCAUCAACACAGGGGCACAUACGCCUACGACUCUGACGACAAACAUCCUUCUGAUGCCGAGAUCAAACAGCUCAAGGAGGAACUAGCUAAGGACGUUGACGAGGAACUGAACCAAAAUCAAGAUGUGUUUCUACGCAAGUUCCAAGAGCAACAACGGCAACUACUUGUAAUUGAACUGACUGUGGUUAAGCAAGGUGAUAGGGUGGUGCGAGAGGUACGUAGCGGGCCACACGACAGAAUCUAUCAUGAGGAGUUGCGGAGUAUUUGGAAAGAGAUGGGGUGGAAGUUGGUUGUGCCUACAGUCGAAUUCGUUCGAACACUCCAUGACUAUUUCGUAUCGCAACACCAAGAUAUGCAGAUAUUGGAUGACCAUUUUAACCGUCCUCCCGAACCGGGCUCGACUCCGGAAAAUGAAAUGGCUGCACUAUCAAGGUCUUUGAAUGCUGCCAAACAACGUUCGGAAGAGAAAUGGGCUUUGAAGAGUCUGCACUACACGAAAUUGCAACCCGUCGCUGAAGCAUUUGAUGCCGACUACAGUGGGUAUGUCAGUGUAUGGGAGGCUAAUCAAGUGUUAUCUUUGCGACCAGAUGGAUGGAGUCUUCUUUCGUGGUUAGCGUACUGGGCCUCAGGAAGACACUCGGCGAUAACUCAAUAUUGCAUCAAGAUCGGCGACAUUCUCGAUAAUAUGCACCUCUUGCUCCGGCAUAGAGUUCUUCCUGUCAAUCGUCACACAGUCAAUCGCUACCUGGACAGGAUGAGAACCCUGGAACGGGUACUUGCAACCACUCUUCCAUGCGACGAAGCUCCUGAAGGAGAGUUGGCUCUGAGGAUCUCUCGUUACACUCAGAACGAGGAGGAAAGGAUGGUGCACAUUCUGCAGGCUCUGGACUAUGAGAUCGACGGUUCUGACACCAUUGAGCUUAUCACUAACCGCUAUCAGAUAGAGAGGAACUUCUUUCCACUCGUUUAUCUCCUUCUCAGACGUCAUCUCGCAGUUAUACGUCUGGCGUGCGAUGUCACCCUUGACAUUCGAGAGAUGGUUACCGCUACCAGCUCUCUCAAAACCAUCUUUCAAGCUGUCAAAUCUCGCGUGUCAACGUUGAAGGUCAUGUUUCUCGAUGAUUCGACCUUUUCUUCCUUCCUGCAAACAUUUGCCUUUGGAAUGUACUACGGAGUGUAUUCAAACACGGUGGUCCUAUUUCCCCCCUUGAAAGAAAAUGAAGACCAAGAAACGGGUGAUACGACACCUGCGCCUGUCUCAUGGCUUACGCAUAAGCCUCCCAAGUUGACUGAUACUGCGCCCCUGCAGUUUUACUCGCCUGAAGAUCCGAUCCAGUUCGAAUCAUGCAUUGGAGAUCAUGUGAAUGGUUACUGGAGUGGGUACCUCACGGGUAGCGAUAAAAGAAGCCCGAAUACAAACAGAUUGCUUCAGUUCCGGAUAUCGAACUGGAAGGGUAGCAAGUUUGAGGGUGAUGGAAGUUAUUCAGAAGGAGAGAUCAGUGUAGAGGGGUCUUAUGACUCGAAAACUAAUGUUUUGGAGGCGACUAUCGUCGGGACUGCCGAUAUCAACAGAUCCGAAUCGGGAGAUUCAGACUUGAAAGUUUUCAUCUCGGGAUCGGUGGAUACGAUAUCGGCCGGGCAUCUUGGCAAGCAAUAUCAGAUCUCGGGUGUUUGGAAUACUUCGAAGGAGGAGGGUUCCAUAACUCUACGCCAGACUCCUGCCUGGACAUAUCAAUUCCGACAACGGUAUCCAGGACAAACCACAAAUGAAAGAUGGAAAUUCGCCUUGCAAGCUGUUCUCUACAGAGUACGAAGCAAACGCGGAAUCCUUCAUAAGGCCUUCUGUGUUGAGAAGCUGAAAGAAAUCCGACAAUCUGUGUAUUCUCUCAAGCAACAGAUGUUAAUCGAGGCUUCUGUAAGCGAAGACGCAGAGGACAUCUUGAGCAGAUUGGCGCCCUCAGAUUCGAGGUUGUGUCACUGGCUCGCUCGAUUCGCUAUCUGGCCCACGGUACAUUUCAACGCAGAGUGUGGAUGCGGAAAACCUGUCAUCGGAAGCCGGAUCUUACGAUUCAUGGGCCCCGUCUCCUCUCUUGCGCUAGAGGAGGUUUGCCAGCACGAAGGUGGCAUUCCUCUGUCUCGCGUGGACGAAUGUAUAAAAACUGUCCAAAUUUUACACAGACGCGACAAGUACGAGCUAACACAGCUCGUUGAACCACUUAGCGAGCAAAUCUCUGCUCUUUGCCGCCACCCGGUUUCCGUCGCGGUCAUCGGUAACGACAACCCCGUUAUUCGUGUCCCAGGAAGACCCACCACCAGAUCGGUAAUGUCUUUACUUUCACGUCGAAUUUCAACAGGUAAAGGUAAACGACAGCCUGGCACACCGGCCGCGCCGAACGUUGGUUUUACUCGUAGGUUUCGUUCAUCGUCAGGCUCAUCGCAGUUUGUUCCCGCACCUCGAAAAGGAGCGGACGCGUCCCUAUCCUGUGUUUGUUGUGAAACCAGCCUGCCUGAUGGGAUAUGGAAUGCCAUUUCGGUUUGUCUGAUGUGCUCGGUUCCCGAGGACUCGGAAAAGCUCCUUGUCAUGUGUAGCCGAUGCGAACUGUUGGGGCGGCGUUACAAGACCGUGGUUUAAUGGCCCUCUUGGACGGUCAAUCAUAUCCCCAAAAUCUCUACGAUCGUCUUUCAAAACGCGUAUUCGCCGA